AUGGAGGAUCGAGUUGGCGAAUUGAUCAACGGAGACUACGGCGAUCUUCAUCGGUCGGUGUUACAGUUCCUCAUCUCUGUGAAGAGCAUCGAGUUUGAAGAGCUCUAUGUGGUUUUUGUGAAGCUCGUUAUAGGCUGUCUACUAGACUCUUCUGACGAACAGACAUCAGAUCAAGAUUCGCAUCUACGCGACUUGCUCGCACAAUCCCGACCCGAAGUGCCUGGAUUGAACACUGAGUGUUUGGUGAAGACCAUUGUUCUGAUAAAUCGCCAGUUGAGCGCGCUGGAUUUCGAGAUAGUCGAGACAUUGGCUCAAGACGACGAAAAGAACAUCAACGUCAGUUUUGUGAACACCAAAUCAUCGGCCUCGGUCAAACUCUCAACUGGCUACACAGAAAAGGAGAUCGAAAUUAUCAACCAGUUGAUCGAUCGAAUGUUCGAGGACCCAAUCGACGAUGAAGACAAUUUGACAUACUCUCUAAAACAUUCAGAUGCUCUGAAUCUUGCAAAACAGAAUACUAACACAAUCACAGACUCGCAAAACUUCAUCAACGGACUGGAGGCCUCUGGAUGGAUAGACACAGUGAAGGGAAAAUACACUCUAAGCGCGCGUGCUUUAGCAGAGCUCAAGUCCUACAUUAUUGGCAAGUUUGACGUGCUAUCGGCCGAAAAUCUCCGAGGAACAGUAUCCCUCUGUCACGGUUGCAACGAGAUUAUUACAAUGGGCUAUAGAUGCCCCACUUCUAGUUGCUAUAUUCGCUUCCACGAACACUGUCGUGACUUAUUUGUUAAAUCUCACAGAAUCGAGCAGUGUCCAGGCAAUGAUUGCGACGCGUCGUUGGAUAACAUGACCAGCUUCUAUUGA